CAAGCACUAAAAUCAGAGAGAGAAACCAAAACACAAGAAAAAAAAAUUAUUUUUUCCCUUCAAAAAACCAUUAAAUUUGCAGAGAGAGCUAUGGAGUUUCCGAUCAUCAGCUUAGACAAAAUCAACGGCGACGAGAGAGCUGCCACCUUGGCUAAGAUCAAAGACGCCUGUGAGAAUUGGGGUUUCUUUGAGGUUCUGAACCACGGAAUCGAACCGGAGUUUUUGGACAAAGUGGAGAAUCUGACGAAGAGUCACUACAGAAAAUGUAUGGAGGAGAGAUUUAAAGAAAUGGUGGCGAGCAAAGGGCUUGAAGCAGUGGAGACGGAGAUCAAAGAUUUGGAUUGGGAGAGUACUUUUCAUCUGCGUCAUCUUCCUGAGUCAAACAUUGCUGAAAUUCCUGAUCUUGAGGAUGAGUACAGGAAAACAAUGAAGGAAUUUGCAGCAAAAUUGGAGAAGCUAGCCGAAGAGCUACUAGACAUGUUAUGUGAGAACCUUGGGCUGGAGAAAGGAUACUUAAAAAAAGCAUUUUAUGGGUCAAGGGGUCCAACUUUCGGGACCAAAGUGAGCAAUUAUCCACCAUGUCCCAAGCCAGACCUAAUAAAGGGGCUGAGGGCCCACACAGAUGCGGGUGGCAUAAUUUUGCUGUUUCAGGAUCCGAAUGUCGGUGGGCUUCAGCUUCUUAAAGAUGGAGAGUGGAUUGAUGUGCCACCUAUGCGUCAUUCCAUUGUUAUUAACCUUGGUGACCAACUUGAGGUGAUUACAAAUGGAAAGUACAAGAGUGUGGAGCAUAGAGUAAUUGCUCAAACAAAUGGAGCAAGAAUGUCCAUAGCUUCAUUUUACAACCCUGGAAGUGAUGCAGUUAUCUACCCAGCCCCAGCCCUGGUUGAAGAGAAGAACCAAAUUUACCCUAAAUUUGUUUUUGAGGACUACAUGAAGCUCUACUCUGGCCUUAAAUUCCAAGCCAAGGAGCCAAGAUUUGAAGCUAUGAAAGCUGUUGAAAGUAAUCUCAAUUUGGGCCCAAUUGCAACUGCUUAAUUAUAUAGUUUAUUUUUAUAUUUUUGGUGGAUUAAUGUAAUCUGGAUUGUGUUAUUAUUAUAAUUAUUGUUAUUAUUAUAAUUAUCAUAAUUAUUUAAUUAGAGUGAUAUUAUACAUUUGUGUCUUGAGUUAUUAAAAAAAAAAAGACAUGUGGUUGCUUCUUAUGAAGUCAAUAUUUUGUUGUAGUGGACUGGUGGCUAUGAAUUUGUUAUGUAGAAAAUAUGAUCAAAUUUGCUAUAUUUAAUAGACAUUUAUUUUUCAAUAUUAA